ACCAACACAACACUGCUUUAACAAAGAAAAAAAAACAAAGACUUUUCUUUCUCACAAUCACAUAUAUUCAAUUGUUGAUUUGGAAUCUCCUUUGUUAGGAAAACAAGUGGAACUUACAAAACUAGAGAAACACUUAAUGAUGCCACGAACACAAUCCUACUUUGCUACUAUACAAAUUUUCUUACUACUACUUGUGUUUCCUCAAACUAAAUCUGAUCUAAAUUCAGAAAAGCAAGCACUACUUGAUUUUGUUGCUGCAUUACAUCAUGGUGAAAAAGUCAAUUGGAGUUCCAAUACUUCAAUAUGCACUUCUUGGGUGGGAGUUAAAUGCAAUCCUAAGGGCUCUCAUGUUCAUUCCGUGAGGCUUCCGGGUGUUGGAUUGCGCGGUUCUCUCCCGGAAAACACCCUCGGUAAGCUACAUGGUUUAAUCAGUCUCAGUCUUAGGUCUAACAGCUUGAGUGGAAACCUUCCUAGUGACAUAUUUUCAAUUCCUUCUCUAAGAUUUAUAUAUCUUCAACAUAACAAUUUUUCAGGUCAUAUUUCUGAUUAUUUGCCACCCCAUCUUAUGUUUCUUGAUUUGUCCUAUAACUCUUUCACCGGACAAAUUCCGAGUAUAAUCCAAAACUUGACAUAUCUAAUAGGACUAAACCUUCGAAAUAACUCUCUUAUAGGACCUAUUCCUAAUGUUGUUAACCUUCCUAAUCUUAAGAUUUUGGAUUUGAGCUUCAAUGACUUGAAUGGUUCAAUCCCCUCAGUGCUUCAUAAGUUUCAUGCAUCAUCAUUUAAGGGGAAUUUUGGAUUAUGUGGUGCAUCUUUGAAACAAUGUUCUUUAGGUUCUUCCCCUAGUGAUAUUUCAAACAAGAAGCUAAGUACAUGGGGGAAAAUUGCUAUUGCUUUAGGAGUUUUUGCAGCAAUGCUUCUACCAGCUCUUGUAGUAGUGUUCUGCUGUUUGAAGAAAAAAAUUGGUGAACAAAAUGUAGCAACUAAAGAGAAGAGUGAGAAGCUUAUGGAGGGAUUUGGAAGUGGUUUGCAAGAAAAUGAGAGAAACAGGCUAAUAUUUUUUGAAGGCUGUUCUUAUAAUUUUGAUCUUGAUGAUUUAUUAAGAGCUUCAGCUGAAGUGCUUGGUAAGGGAAGUUGUGGAACAACUUACAAAGCUAUUUUGGAAGAAGGGACAAUGUUGGUUGUGAAGAGGUUAAAAGAAGUGGCAGUGGUGAAAAAAGAAUUUGAACAGCAAAUGGAGAUUGUUCAAAGACUUGAUCAUCAUCCAAAUGUGGUUUCACCUUUUGCUUACUAUUAUUCAAAGGAUGAAAAAUUGGUUGUUUAUGAUUACUUCACAUCUGGCAGCUUUUCCAAGUUAUUGCAUGGAACAGGUGAAACUGCACGAACUCAACUAGAUUGGGAUUCAAGAUUGAAGAUCGUGGCUGGCGCUGCUAAGGGCAUUGCCCAUAUCCAUUCAGCAAAUGGAAGGAAACUUGUCCAUGGCAAUAUAAAAUCAUCCAAUGUGCUAAUCUCAGCAGAUCUUCAAGGCUGCAUAUCAGAUUUUGGCCUAACACCUCUAACAAGUUUAUGUGUCUCUCCUAGAAGUCCUCCAGGGUACCGAGCACCAGAGAUGAACGAAAGCAGAAAAUCCACUCAAAAGUCCGAUGUAUACAGCUUUGGUAUUCUUCUUCUUGAGAUGCUGACAGGGAAAACACCAGUUCAAUAUUCAGGUCAUGAAGAUGUGUUUGAUCUUCCAAAAUGGGUCCAAUCUGUUGUUAGAGAGGAAUGGACUGCUGAAGUGUUUGAUGUUGAGCUAAUGAGAUAUUCAAACAUUGAAGAAGAACUUGUGCAGAUGUUGCAACUGGCAAUGGCAUGUGUAGCAGUGAUGCCUGAUACAAGACCUUCAAUGGAAGAAGUUGUUGGGAUGAUUGAAGACAUCAGAGGAUCCAUUUAUUAGCACCAGUUACCAUUCACAGAGGACAGAUUCAAAGUGUCUCAUGUUCAUGCAUGUAAAUUCAUUGCCAUGUUUAAAUAGGGCCUACUUGUCAAGAUUAGGACUCAGCAUCAAAAGAAAAACGCUUAUGUUUUAAGCAUUUUGCCAUUUUUUUUCACCUUUUUAGAUGACAGCUUUAACUUCUC